AUAUCCCUGGAGCACGAAAUCUUGCUUCAUCCGCGAUAUUUUGGACCCAACUUGCUACAAACAGUGAAGCAGAAGCUUUUCACAGAAGUUGAAGGAACUUGUAGUGGAAAGUGAGGACUCAGGAGUUAUUUACUAUUUUACAGAUAGAUCCGUAAAAUUAUGUUUACUAUGCUUCUUUCUUUUGCCUAAACGUUGAACUGUACUAGGUGAAGUUGUUUGUGGCGGCAAACUUAUAGAUCUUUAUAUAAUUAGCGGUUUUGCAAUUUUUCUUGCAUUGCUUAUGAUGCAUGUGUUGCUUGAGUUUUCAUGUUAGAGGUACUUCAAUGGUAGAUCGUCCGUUUUGUGUUCCCUGAACAAUUAUUUUGUUCUGUGUAACAAUGAAACUUUGGACAACAGUACUUUAAUUGUGUUGAAUCUUUUGGUUAUGAUAAUUUGUUAGGUAUGGAUUUAUCAUUGCUGUUACCACAAUUGACAACAUAGGAGUUGGUCAUAUUCAACCUGGGAGAGGAUUUGUUGUCUAUCCUGUUAAAUACAAGGUGAUAUCUCCCAUUCUCUUAUCAGGGUAGUGUUGCUAGCUUGUAUAAACAGCCAUAGACCUCUCCUUGCUCUCUGCUUGGGACAUUUUGUUAGGAGGGACAUAUUAUGCACCUCAGCAACAGAAAUUCCAUGCUGAUGGUGUAACAUAGUGUUCACAUGAUAAAUCCGUUAGUCAUGGAGUUCCAAAUGAAAAAAUUGUUCGAUUUUUUGUUUUUCCUGGUCAAUUUUGGUAAAGUUUUGUGUUCUUCUGCAAAAAAGCCCCAGCGAAACUCAAAUACGUCUUCUAAAGAAGAAUAUAUUCCACAAAUAUUGACUGUGUUUUUGUAGAUUUAUUGCAUUUGCAUUUGACCUUUGUGGCUUUUUGUCUGUCAUUAUUAAACAAUGGCUAAAACAAUAGAACUACUAUGUCAACCAAUCAGAGCUCCUGACCAGAUUCCAUAUAUACAGAUCCAUCAGUAUGGAGUUUCUGUACGUUGCUGAGGUGCAGAUGUCUCUCCUGGUGGAAUGUCCCUAGCAGCGAGGAGCUAGAAGAGAUGGCUGUUUUCAUAGGCUAUAGUGUAGCCUGCAUGCAGACAUCUCCUGUUUGACAAAGGAAAUAGGAGAUGUCUGCAUGCUGGAGGCUAGAGUAGACUGUGUGGAGAGUGAUGAGAAUCUGGAACAAAUUUGUCAAAAAAAAAAAACAGAACAAAUAAAAUAACCAGCUAAUUAAUUGUAUUUAGAGAGGGCGACUUUUAACAGUUUCAACUCAUUAACCCUCUAUGGCCCUCUAAUAAUGUCCCCAACUAAUUGGAGACACUUUCCAGAUCAAAUUCGAAUUUUGAGUAACUGUCUUAUUUCAUUUUUGUCCCAAACUCUUCUUGAGUAAUUUGUAUGAGAGGGUUGUGUUAUCUGCUCCUGCCACUUCAUUGCUUGGAAAUCACCAAGCUUAAAUUUGAUUUCUUUGGGCCUUGAAACAUUCAUAGACCUCUGAAGAGGAUGGCAUCAUGUAUUUUGGUAGGAACAUUUGAAAUGAAUUACUAUUCCUCCCAUGAUCUUCACGGUCAUCACAUUUAUUGUGAGACAGCUGCAUCUCCUUUGAUCUUCUUGGAAGAGUAACGAGAGCUUUUGAGAUAACCACGUGUACAGCUAAUUGAAAAAUUAUAAUGAAUCAGAAACAGCUAAACCUGACCAAAAAGGUUUUUGAAUUAACCUUGGAGUUCUAUAUUUUUUAUUAUCAACAUCUGGCAAUUUUUUUUUUUUUUUUUUUACAGGCCAUUGUUUUCAGACCAUUCAAGGGAGAAGUUUUAGAUGCUGUAGUUACACAAGUGAACAAGGUAUGCUAGUCAAAUUGAAGGAAAUUUGUUACUUUCCGAUGUUUACAAUGUGUAAAUCAAAUGGGUAACAACUUUUUUGUGUGAAGACUUGAACAUCUGUCAUUUCUGCAUUAUUUUUACACUUUUUAGGUUGGGUUGUUUACUGAUAUUGGUCCUCUCUCUUGUUUUGUAUCAAGACACGUAAGUAUUUCUUGACUGCAUUUAUUUAUUUUGUAAAAAAGUAAAUACUUGUUUUGCGCAUGUGCCUGUCCUUAUUAAAACUGGAUAAAAUCAUCAGGGAUGGACCCUUAGAAAAGUGAGGGGGAAUGAACAAAAAAAAUUGCUACAUGAAAUAUUCUUGUAAAAUAAUAUGCAUACACCUGGAACUGGCAGAAAGAGUACAUACAAGCUGAGAGAAAAGCAUGGACACAUAGCAAACACCAAAAAAUUUUCAAUUCACGCAAAGCAAAAUAUUCCUCGCCCCCUCUUUACUUUUCUAGAAUGGUCUGUUCCUUUGGGUACCUUGCCAGAAACACUUUCAAUCAGUGACUUUCAGUCUAUACACUAUUAAAAUUUGUUAUACUUCUUUUUUUAGUCCAUACCCUCUGACAUGGAGUUUGAUCCAAACUCUAAUCCACCCUGUUACAAGACACAAGAUGAGGUACAAAGAAUUCCUGCUUUAUCAAUGUGUGCACUUGUAAAAUGUGUUCAAGAGCUAUACCAGUGCUUAUUUUGAGCUUUUGUCUUGAAACCUAGAGAAACUCCCCUCCUUUGCAUAAGUAACUGUUAUUGUUGCAUUAUUGCAACUUUGUUCUUCAGGACAUUGUCAUCCAGCAAGAUGAUGAGAUACGUCUUAGAAUUGUGGGAACUAGAGUUGAUGCUAAUGAUAUUGUGAGUACAACAGUUUACUUGCUGGUGGUACAUGUACCAUGUCUUGUAAACCAAACGACAUAUCUGGCCUAGCCUACAAAGCGCAGACGUAUUUCCGGUUGUCGCUUCUCUCCCUCCGAAAAUAGGGAGGGAGGAGAAGUGACGACCUCCUUCACUUCUUUACUGCACACCUUGAUUAGUCCAGAUUCCUUUGUUUGUGUGUGUUUUUUAAUAUUUCAAUGCUAUGGCCGAAUAUUGCACAUUGCUGUAGAAUUGUUGUUUCUCUUGCUUCUGACCAACCCCAUAACAUAAUUGUCAUCUAUUUUCCCUGAUUUCCCUACCCUGACUUUUGUUAACUUUCCAUCUCCCUUCCCCUCCCGUUAAAAAAUACCUGGGGUAAGGCAGACAGUGAAGGAACCAGCAUAAGGUGUCUGCUUUAUAGGGAGUCAGUGAAAAGGACAGACCAACUCUAGGUGCCCAUUUUAGAUGUCACGGGUGUGCAUCUCUUAGAGGUGACGAGUGUUCUUACCAUGAUUUUCCACCCUGGUGUUCACGGGAACCACAGAGAAGCUAAAAGGGGGUCAUGAGGGAGAAAAGCAGGUCACAAUUUUUUAGAUACAGUUAACUCUCAAUGUUUAACUCACAGGUCUGAGUAGAUGAUAAAAUUUAUGUAUGUAAAAAGUGGAUAUUUAAUAUCCACUUCUUACAUAUAGUCACCCUAAUAAUUUGAUUUAAUGGGGUGCUUAUUUACUUUUGUUACCUCAAGGGAGGGCCCUUAAUUGAGACAGGGUGCUUAUUCAGGACAGGGCACUUAUUUCUUUUUUUGAGAAACAACCAAAUGCGCAAAACAAAACUUUAGUAUUUCUUAAAAAGGAACAAUAACAGAAACUGUAACAGUAACAAAUAUAUGACAAAUGUUUAGUUAACGCGAGGGAAUUUUAAUCUAUUUCUAUGCUGAUAGCUUUGACAAUGUCUCUUACUGUCAUCAAUAUGGUAAAAAUAAAAGCUUUCUAGUGUGGUAUCUUGGACAUCCAAUUUGUUAAUCCCGUCAAAAGGAUCCUUGUCGUGUGAAAAUAAAAUAUGUAAUGGACUUGUCCCUGGAUUCUUCCUUGCCAGAAUGACCAGCUGAGCAAUCACCACAGCUUUUGAAGAAGAGAUCAUUCACUUGAAGAAUUUAUGCACUCAUAUAGACAUAGUAGUUGAGAAACUCAGACAAAGACCUCUGUUUUUGAAAUGUGGCAUUGCCGUUCGUUUGUGAGCAAUUAAUGGAAGAUGAAGCUCGUUGAUAUGUACUUGUACUCUGUAUUGUAAUAUUAGAAUAGGGGUGCUAAUAAGAAUGGGGGCGCUUAUUCGAAAGGGGGCACUUUAUAUUGGAAGGAGGGCGCUAAAUUGAAUCAUUACAGACAGUAACUCAAGGUUUUACAGCUCUGAGUUAGAGUAAAGAUGCCUGCAUAACCAAUUAUAUUUUGGCGUAUCUUAUAAGGAAAUAUACGUAUGUGUAUUGAUAUAUUGUAUGUAUUGAUCUAUAUUUUUUAGUCUCUUGACUCAAGUGACUUUGUUAAUUUCUAUCAUCUUACAGUUUGCCAUUGGGUCACUUAUGGAUGACUAUUUAGGUAAGAGC